UGAACUCGGUUUCUCAUGAACACCCCUACCAGCAGUAGCAGCAACAACCAGCAGCAUCAGAUUCCGAAUUCGUCCCAUCCCAGCAUAGCAGCCAUUGGCAUGGACAGACCAAAGGCUGGCUAAGAAUCUGCACUUGGUCAUUAGUUCACCAUAGGAAGGGCACGGUGGCACUGAAUGCGGGCGUAAACGCGUUUAUACCAGGAAUAUCCACCACCGCUGGUCUCCUGUUGAUGCUACAGUAGCAAGCCUGUGAACUGUGGAGCUCUCCGCAACACAUCGGAUCUGUCCGUGCUCUGACAAUUUUAUUUUGGAUUCAGAAUCCGAAUGGCGUCUGUGAUAUAGUCGGGUCUAAAUCUGUCCACUGCAGCACAGCGGUCGUUCCAUUCUUAUUAGAAGUGCGGUUGUUCAUUGACACGAGGCCAGAUGGCUGAUCAGGAAGCUCCUGGUUGGCGGGAAAAGGCAGGCGCUUUCAUCUCUACUUCGUCUUUCAAACUCCGAGCGGCGGGAUCAGCCGUCGCAGGCGUCGCCGGCGAAGCAGGAUCGAAAGUGAAGACCUCAUGGCAGCAGAACGUGCAGCCGAAAGUCGCGGAGGCGGCGUCUCGCGCGGCGGUCGCAGCGGAGGAAGCGAAAUCGCGGAUGCACACCACCUGGGAGUCGACCAAGGAGAGCUGGAACACCAAAGUGCUCCCCCGAAUGGAGGCCGGGUUGGAAACCACCGCGCGAGUAGCGGCUGAUACGGGGACGAAGCUGAAGCAGGGGCUGAUGGAGACGACGGAGAAGGUGAAAGCCAGUCGCGUGGGGCAACAACUCACAGAGCUGACGGCGAAUGGCAUGGAGAGAAGCAAGGGGCUGCUGCACAAGGUGGACUGGCGGAGGGGUCGGCCUGGAGCUCCAGGUGACAACGCAUUAGUGUUUGGCACACCUUUGGAGGCCUUCGCGAGCAGGCAGCGGGGCACAGCAGUGCCCUUCGUGGUCAUCCAGUGCUGCAACUUCAUCCUGCAGAACGGCCUGGUUACGGAGUACUUAUUCGAGUCGGAGAACGAUUCGCGUGUGGUCAAAGGACUCAUGCAGAUGUUUGAUACAGACCCCAAUGCGGAGAUCCCCCCAGAGACGAGCACUCUGGACGUGGGCCAGCUGCUGCUGGUCUACCUCAAGUGUCUGCCCGAGCCCCUCAUGACCUUCGACCUCUUCCCGGGCGUCGCCACUGUCGGCAGCAGCGAUGUCUCGCAGCUCAGGAGGCUGCUGCACACGCUGCCGCAAGUGAAUCUGGAGACGCUGCAUGCCGUGCUGUGUCUGCUGUACCGAGUCAGCCUGCAUGCAGACGUCAACAAGAUGGAUGCGCAAAGCCUUGCAGCCGAGUUCGCCCCGGUCCUCCUCUGGCCCAGACCAGAGGUGCCCCCAUCCCCCUCCCCCUCCCCCUCCCCCCACGCUUCCGCCUCGGGGCCCUUCGACUCCUCCCCUUCCUCCAAGCCCCCUCCCACAACCGCACGCUCUCCCUCACUCUCCUCCUUGAGUCUAGACGAGAGCAGAGAGGGCGCCGGAGGAGGGGCAGCAGGAGGGGGGGCAGCAGCAGGGGAUGUGGAUGGUAGCAGUAUUAGCAAGAGCAUGGGAGGGGGUGGUGGUGGUAGUGGUAGGGUGAGUGAGGAUGUGCCUAGUCUAAUGGCGCCCUCCUCCCCUCCUACGUCUACUCCCAAGGGUAGUGCUGGCCCCGCUGCCGCUGCUGCUGCCGGUGUGGGUGGUGCAGAUGGCAUGGGCAGUCCUGCUAUGAGGAGGGCACAAAGUGAGAAGGGAGUGAGGGGGGUGGAUGGAGCGAGUGCUGCUGGUGGUGAUGGGCCGGCAGUCGUGAAGGCGAAUGGAGAAUCGUCUGUUCCUGAGAUCCCCUUGGAAGAGGAGCCAACACAAGCACAAACAGCAAUAGUCGAAGCAAUCAUGGUGCUUAUAGAUAGCCACGAAUCCAUCUUCUCGCAUAAUCCCGGUGGCCCUAUCCUUCUUCCCGUCACUUCGUAAAAACAUGUAGAUAUGUAGUUGACUCCACCUGUUCCUUCGUUCAUGCAGUGGGUGUACACAUCCAGAUGUGAUGAUAUGCUUAUUUAUCAACCAAAUCUUAUAUCUGGAAAAAAUUAGAGUG